AUGACCGCGCCCGGCCAAACCCAACCUGUCACUACCGUGGACGACCCAACAUCGCCCGAAAAUGCCUCCUCGAGACGCCAGCCCGAGCCCUCCUCCUCUUCCGCCAGUGCCUCCGAACUCGCCAGUACAAAGAUAAGCCUCCGUGCCGCCUUGAGACAGUUUCCGGACUUCCCUAUUCCUGGCAUCGACUUUAUCGAUAUUCUACCCCUCUUCGCAGACCAUGCGCUUCAUACGAAACUUGUUCGGGCGCUUGAGCUCCAAGUCCUCGCCGAUAACAACGGGAUCAAGCCUGACGUUAUCGUUGGUCUUGAUGCGAGGGGCUUUCUCUUCGGACCCAGUCUAGCCUUGCGUUUGGGAGCUGGAUUCGCACCUGUGAGGAAGCGUGGAAAGCUGCCCGGGCCAACACACGAAGCAAAGUUUGAUAAGGAAUAUGGCGCUGAUGGCUUCCAAAUCCAAAGUGAUGCUAUCAAAAAGGGCCAGUCAGUAUUGGUGGUAGAUGAUAUUAUCGCAACCGGUGGAUCUGCGGCUGCUGCCGGACAACUCGUCGAGAAGUUGGGCGGAAGUCUCCUUGGAUAUCUCUUUAUACUCGAAAUCGAUUUCUUGAAAGGCAGAGACAAACUGAAUGCACCUGUUCACACGUUGCUGAGGGAUGAUUUCAAAGUUACUCCAAAUUAG